AUGGAAUCAGAUAAUGGUAUUGUUAUGGAAGACGAAAAACAUGUUAUUGGAGAAACAACUAAGAAGAAUAUACAUAAAGAAAUUGAAGAUGAUUCUAAUGCAGAAAAUCAGACCGAAAAUGAAGUAUCUCAAUCUAUAGCAGUAUCUGAAGGCAACAAUUCUGUGGUUAUUAAAAACUCCGAACGCGACAAGGAACCUGGUGUCAAAAGUGGUUUAGCUUUAAAGAACACUAAAUCUAACACCAAAGAUAAACCGAAUUUGAAGGCCACAACUUCAUCGUCUCAAAGACAACAAAACCUUUCGAAGAGCCUUACUUUCCCAUCCAAGUUGGCUCGUGUUGAAGCGAUGAAGAAAAGCACUGAUGGGAUUCUUCAGAAGAUGGAAAGUAAACAUGCUCAAGCUGCGGCUUCAACUCUUCAUUCAAAAAAGUUGACAAACUCAAAAGUGAACACAAAAGAAGCAAUAAAAAACCAUGAAAAUUUUAAAAGAACUUCUUUGACAUCCAUCAAUAGCUUUAAAAGCUCUGAGAAUUCAAACCCUGCCAAAAGUGAAAAACCAAAUAAAGAAGAUGAUGAUGUUCGUUCGACAACUUCAAGUCUUACUCCGCGUAGGAAGAGCAUUGCUUCUGGAUUUUCCUUCAGAUUAGAAGAACGCGCUGAAAAAAGAAAAGAGUUCUUCUCGAAGUUAGAAGAGAAAAUUCAAGUAAAGGAAGCGGAGAAAAGUAAUCUGCAAGAGAAAUCAAAGGAAAGCCAGGAGGCGGAGAUCAAGAAAUUAAGGAAGAGGAUGACAUUCAAAGCAGCUCCAAUGCCAAGUUUCUAUAAGGAACCUCCUCCAAAAGUUGAACUCAAAAAGAUACCUACAACACGUCCAAAAUCACCAAGGCUUGGAAGAAACAAAGGCUCUAUUGUGAACAACAGUUCAGAAAACAAAUUUAGUUCUAGUUCCAUUGCAAAAGUAAAAGGUUUUAAAGGCGUGAGUUCUAAGAAACCGAUCAGAAAAACACAAGACAGUGUACAGACACAGGAAAUCACAGUCACAAAAACAAAAUUGGAUUCUGUCGAGUCUGUUACAAAUGAUGUUCAAGUAAUCAAGCAAGAUGUGAAAGCGGAUAUAGGAGAAGGCAACGAAGAAAGUAAAGAUUCACCUCUUGAUAUUUCUGAAUACCAAAACGGGAUGGAGCUAGAGUCACUAAAUGAACUUGCUCAGAGCAGUACAUUAGUCCUAAAUGCAUCCACACCAGAAAUUGUACCCUAUGAAGUUGCUGUUGGAGUGUAG